AUGAGGUAUGCAGAACAAAUCCAGGCUUGCACAACCAUGAAAAAGGAGUGGCAAGCUGUUUGGCUUCUGAAAGCCAUUAUCCUUAUAGGUCUUACUACAUUUUCAGACCAUGACACAUCUUCUAACGUUCAAAGGCUCUGUUAUAAAGCCAAGUAUCCAAUCCGGGAAGCUCUCUUAAAAAGUUUCAAUAUGUGUGAUAAAGGCCUUAUGACCAAUGCUGUUUAUGUCUACCCCACGCGGGUGUGUGAUGCGGUUAAAACACUGAAGGCCCUGUGCUGUACCAUCCCAGGGGCUUCCGUGCCCACUGGCUUUCCAGCUGGACAGACUCAUUUAAAAACACGAUUGGUAGAGAUCAGAUUGGCUGUGGAAAAUGGAGUUACAGAAAUCGUUGUGGUGAUUAAUAGGACCUUGGUGCUGACCGGCCAGCAGGAAGCCCUUAUGAUCGCAAUAAUGGCAGGAUCAGACUUUAUUAAGACCUCUACUGGAAAAGAAACGGUAAAUGCCACUUUCCCAGUAGCUAUAGUAAUGCUAUGGGCCAUUAGAGAUUUCUUCUGGAAAACUGGAAACAAGGCAGGAUUUACACAAACAGGAGGCAUCCGCAGUGCAAAGUAUUCCCUUGCUUGUCUCUCUCUUGUGAAGGAAGAGCUGGGAGAUGAAUGGCUGACGCCAGAACUGUUCCCAAUAGGUGCCAGUACUCUGGUUUCAGACAUCCAGAGGCCGAUUUACCAUCACGUUACAGGAAGAUAG